AUGGAAGGUCAGUAUGAAAGUUCAUCCCCACAACCUCAACAUCAGGUAAAUGAGAGUACACCAGCUUUACCAAAUGGAAAAAAAACUAAAGGUCGGGUAAAGAUAAAAAUGGAAUACAUUGGCAAUAAAUUACGAAGGUAUACAACAUUUAGUAAGAGGAAAACUGGCAUUAUGAAGAAAGCUUAUGAGUUAUCUACGUUGACAGGCACGCAAGUAAUGUUAUUGGUAGCUUCUGAAACAGGUCACGUUUACACUUUUGCAACUAAAAAAUUACGGCCGAUGAUCUCCUCCGAAGCUGGAAAAACACUCAUCAGGAAUUGCCUUAAUACUCCGGAUAUUGAUGAUUCUGUUGAUGCACUUGGGGCGCGACAAGAAUUCACAUUCGAACCGCAGUCAAGUAUUUCGAGAAAACGAAAAUUGAAUGAGGUUUGA